AUGAUGAAGGUUCGAGCAACGGAUGCAGCAAAACCCACUGCCGCAGAGGCUAAGGAGCAGCAAGCACAGUCCAGUAGUAGCGGAGGUCCUAUAAGCACAUUGAAGAAAAUCUUUGCCCCAACCGGCGGUUCAACCGAUCCGGGUCGUGCCAUCCAAUACGGCAAAGGCACUCUCGAUGUUACAGACCUGGAUCCUUCACCAACAGAACAAUUCCACAAGUGGUUCCAGGAAGCUAUCGAUGCGAAGGUGUAUCAGCCGGAGACCGUGACGCUAUCUACCGCAUCUCUACCCGACGGGAAAGUUAGCGCAAGGAUCGUAUUCAUGAAAGAGUUGGAUGAUCGUGGGUUCGUGGUAUAUUCAAAUUGGGAGACGAGCAACAAAUCCAGAGAUAUUGAGAGUAACCCGCAGGCUGCUUUGACGUUCUGGUGGCAUGAAUUGGAGCGGCAGGUCCGGGUCGAAGGGCAUGUAGAGCGCUUAUCGGCUGCGGAGUCGCAGGUUUACUACAACACGAGGAUUCGCGGGUCGAGGAUCGGCGCUUGGGCGAGUCCGCAAAGUCAGGUCCUCAAUUCGAGGGAGGCGCUGGAGCAGAAGGUGAAAGAUGUGGAGAAGAGGUUCGAAGGGCAGGAAGAGAUUCCCGUGCCGCCGUUCUGGGGUGGGCUGAGGAUUUUGCCUGAGAUGGUGGAGUUUUGGCAGGGCAGGCAGAGCAGGUUGCAUGAUCGAUUCAGAUAUACGAAGGUUGGUGAGGAGUGGAAGAUUGACAGACUGAGUCCUUGAUACCAUUGACUCGUUUGCUACGAAGAGGAGAGCUUCGAUCUGCAUAUGGAAAGAUUGAUAUAGGGAUAAACUAACUUAGUAGUAUAAAGUCGAGCCACCUCGUCUGACCAGUGAUUCCUAGGGGUUCUAUACCUACUCUUCCCCUUUACUUGACACCAGGUGUGGAAUGGAAUCCAGAACGACCCCAGCGUAGCUGUCCACCUUCGAGUCUGUCAGAAACGGGGUCUUACGAUACUUCCCUAUUGACGUUCGAGCCUUCUUUAGAUAUGUCAAAACAUUGACCUUCGAAGACCUGGAUGGGAAAGCCAAACCUCCCUCUGGACAAAGAUAAUCCAGCAAACGACUUCUGGGAGGGCUACAACAUCCCCAACAGCAACAUUCGAAUCUCAAGAAGAAUACAAGGUUUUAUGUAUAUUCGAGCCGAGAGCCACUCAGAAAUUGAGUUCGCGGAUGGCCCAUAGG